AUGAGUUCCCCUGGCAAACAGGAGUCCCAGCUGGGGGAAGAACCGGAGGCUCAAACUCACAGGCUCUCCAGGAAGGGACCAGGUUCUGGUGUGUCCAGAGCUCCAUCCAUGAGGAGUGACUGGUCAAAAGAAGAGCCCCCUUACAUGGCAGAAGGGGAAAGGCUCUCCAGGAAAAGACCAGGAUCUGGUGUGUCCAGAUCGCAAUCCAUGAGGAGUGACUGGUCAAAAGAAGAGUCCUCUUUCAUGGGAGAAGGGGAAAGGCUCUCCAGGAAGGAAACAGGGUCUCCAUCCAUGAGGAGUGACUGGUCAAAAGAAGAGCCCCCUUUCAUGGCAGAAGGGGACAGGGAGGAAGAGAAAAGAUAUGAACCAGGCACCACCAGCUGCAGUCAGGAUAAGCAACGAGAUCUACUUCGUAUUUUUGAAGUGCUAGAAGAGAAGAUGGUCACCUUUUUAAAGAAUGAGCUGCAGAGGUUUAAGCAGAUUCUUAGUCCAGACUACCAGGAAACCCUUGAGAUGAAAUCAGAUUAUGAAAGUGAUGCCAGAGAAGGAGCUCUCAAGAUGGCAUUGCACUUCCUUUGCCAGAUGAAACACCAGGAUCUUGCUGAUAAACUCAACGAAAAUGAGCUCAAUAUAAUUUGUCAGAAUGACUUGAAAAGAAAUCUCAAGAGCAGAUACCAGAACGUGUUUGAAGGAAUAGCCAAACCCGGAAACUCUGUUCUGCUGCAAAAGAUGUACACAGACCUCUACAUCACAGAGGGAGGAAGUGGGAAAGUAAAUGAGGAGCAUGAAGUCAGGCAGAUUGAGUACAGAUCCAAGAGAUCAGCUGAUCAGGACAAACCAAUCAAAUGCUGUGACAUCUUUAAGCCUUCAUCUGGUCAGGACAAACCAAACAGGAGAGUUCUCACUACCGGGGUGGCUGGCAUUGGCAAAACUAUCUCUGUGCACAAGUACAUCCUGGACUGGGCUGAGGGAAAGGACAACCAAGAAAUUAAUUUCAUCUUCCCACUGUGCUUUCGGGAGCUCAACCUCGUGAAAGACAAAGAGUGCUCUUUGAUGGAUCUUCUUAACCACUUCUUUCCAGAGACAAAGCAGUUGGCUAUUAAUAGCCAGAAGAAAAACAAAGUGCUUCUUGUGUUUGACGGCCUGGAUGAAUGUCGGCUCCAACUCAACUUCAAGAGAAAUGAAAGUUUAGCUGAUGUGACAGGUGUCACCUCACUGGAUGUACUCUUGACAAAUCUCAUUAAGAGUAAUCUGCUCCCCUCUGCUCUCAUCUGGAUAACCUCUCGACCAGCCGCAGCAAGUGCAAUUCCUCCUGAGUGUGUUGAUCUGGUGACAGAAGUGCAAGGGUUCAAUAACUCACAGAAGGAGGAGUACUUCAGAAAGAGGAUCAACAAUGAGAGUAUUGCAUGUGAAAUCAUUUCACACAUUAAAUCAUCAAGGAGCCUCCACAUCAUGUGUCACAUACCUGUGUUCUGUUGGAUUGCUGCUAUGGUUCUUGAGAUGAUUUAUUCCUCAGGACAAACAGAGAUUCCAAAGACUUUGACAGAGCUGUACAACCAUUUCCUUAUUGUCCAAACCACACAGAGAAGAAGCAAACUUGUGAAUGAUACUGACCCACAAUGGAACCAUGAGCUGAUCCUCCAUCUUGGAAAGCUGGCCUAUGAACAGUUGGAGAAAGACAACCUGAUCUUUUAUGAAGAAGACCUCAGAGAGUGUGGCAUUGAUGACAAAGAUGCAACAGUGUUCUCAGGAGUAUGCACCCAGAUCUUCAGAGAAGAAUCUGGGAUCUUUCUUGGAACUGUAUUCUGCUUUGUGCAUCUCACUGUCCAGGAGUAUCUCGCCGCUUUGUACGCGAUGAUGAUGUUGGGUAUUGAAAAGAAAGACAUAAUAUCCUCACCACAUUCACCUCCAGUGAUGAAAUCGAUAAUCACCUUGCAAAAGAAUGCUGUGGACAAAGCUUUGGCUCAUGAAGAUGGACACUUCGACCUCUUCCUUCGCUUCCUUCUUGGCCUCUCUCUGGAAUCCAAUCAGACUCUCCUGCAUGUUCUAACACCGCUGAGACAAAUUAAGAUGGACAAUGAUGAAACAAUCAAAUACAUUAAGGAGAAGAUCAGGGAGGCCUCUUCCUCAGAAAGGAUGAUCAACCUCUUCUAUUGCCUGAAUGAACUGAAUGACCACUCCUUAAUGGAUGAAAUCCAGAGCUUCCUUAAUGCAGGGUCACUUGAUGAAGUCCAACUAUCAUCUGGACAAUGGUCAGCUCUAGUCUUUGUGCUGCUGACGUCAGACCAGAAUCUGGAUGUGUUUGACUUGAAGACCUACAUCAGGUCUGAUGAAGCUCUCCUGAGGCUGACACGAGUAGUGGAGGAAUCCCACACAACUCUGGUUGACAGCUGUGGCCUCUCUGAAUGGAGCUGUGAAACACUAGCAUCUGUCCUAUGCAAAGAAUCAUCAAAACUCAGACACCUGGAUCUCAGUGACAACCACAUUGGAGAUGUUGGAGUCAAGAAACUGUGUAUAGGACUGGAGAGCGCCAACUGUGCACUUGAGACACUGAGAUUGUCAGCCUGUGGUGUAACAGGAAAAGGAUAUGCUGCUCUGGCCGCAGCUCUUAAAUCAAACUCUUCACACCUGGAGGAGCUGGACCUGAGAGGAAACGACCCUGGAGACUCUGGAGUGAAGUUACUCAUUGAUCUAUUACAGGACCCUCAAUGUAAACUAAAGAGACUGAGGGUCAAUGGCUGUCUGCUCACAUCACAGAGCUGUAAAACACUAGCAUCCAUCCUCUGCAAGGAAUCAUCAAAUCUCAGAAACCUGGAUCUUAGUGACAACUGCAUUGGAGAUGUUGGAGUCAAGAAUCUGUGUAUAGGACUGAGGAGCCCAAACUUGGUUUUGAAGGCACUGAGGGUCGAUAGCUGUAAGCUCACUAAGCAGAGCUGUGCAACAUUAGCCACCAUCCUCUGCAAAGACUCAUCGAAGCUCAGACACCUGGAUCUCAGUGACAACCACAUUGGAGAUGAUGGACUCCAACUACUGUGCAGUGGACUGAGGAGCAGAAACUGUGUUCUAGAAGCGCUGAGAUUGUCAGACUGUGGUGUAACAGGAGAAGGAUAUGCUGCUCUGGCCUCAGCUCUCAUAUCAAACUCUUCACACCUGGAGGAGCUGGACCUGACAGGAAACGACCCUGGAGACUCUGGAGUGCAGUUACUCACUGAUCUAUUACAGGACCCUCAAUGUAAACUAAAGAGACUGAGGCUUGACAACUGCAGUGUAACAGAAGAAGGUUGUGCUGCUCUGGCUUCAGCUCUGGCAUCAAAACCCUCAUCACACCUGACAGAGCUGCAUCUGUAUAGUAAUGAACUGGGAGACUCUGGUGUGAAGCAGAUCUCUACUCUACUCAGG